CGUCAUCAUGCUCAGCUGACUGGCUGCAGCUCGCUACUUGAGGGGAAAUGUUAUUAUUGUUCUGUUUUUCUUUAGUCUUGCUCGAGUGAGCUUCGUUACAAGUCGCUGGUUAAUCAUUUAUUUAAAAAAAUGUAUGAGGCAUGUCGAGGGUGAAAUUGUAGUAAUUGUAGUGUACUUUUAGGAGCAAUGCUCGGUCGCAAGCAUGCAGUGGAAAACUUUUUCUCUCCUUGCCUCCCUCCUCAUCAUCACAACCGAGACUUCAGCAACUUCACAUGUCAUCACAGUGGAUGUGGAGAAACCAGUAGGAGACCUUAAACACUUCUGGAGAAGCACUGGUUUCUGUCCUCCACUCCCUCACACUCAGGCCCACCAGUUUGACCUGAGCCUUGACCAGCAGCUGAACCUGGCUUAUGUGGGCUCAGUCCCCCAUGCAGGGAUCCAGCAGGUUAGGAUACACUGGAUGUUGGAGCUGGUCACUGCACAAGAUACUGGAGGACAACCGCAGUACAACUUCACUAAACUGGACCAGCUGAUUGAACUCUUGUGGGUCAAUGGACUCCAACCAGGAUUUGAACUGAUGGGCAGCGUCUCAAACUAUUUCACGGACUUUGAGGACAAAUCACAAGUGGUCGAGUGGAGGAAUCUGAUUUAUCUCGUAGCCAAAAGGUAUAUCGAUAAGUACGGCCUGGGACGAGUUUCUCAGUGGAACUUUGAAACAUGGAAUGAGCCAAAUAACCAUGACUUUGACAAUGUCAGUGUCUCAAUACAAGGGUUCCUAAACUACUACGAUGCCUGUUCGGAGGGUCUGCGUGCUGCCAGCGACCUCCUGAGGUUUGGGGGUCCAGGAGACUCCUGUCACUCUCCCCCUCACUCACCGUACUGCUGGGCCAUGCUGCAGCACUGCUACAACGGCACCAACUACUUCACUGGAGAGACGGGGGUCAGGAUGGACUACAUCGCCCUACACAAAAAGGGAGGAGGUUACUCCUUGCCCAUCCUCCAGCAGGAGGUGCAGACGGUGAAGGAGAUCCAGGAGCGUUUCCCUCGGUUCCGCAGCCUCCCUGUUUACAACGAUGAGGCGGAUCCGCUGGUGGGCUGGUCCAGGCCUCAGGAGUGGAGAGCUGACAUGACCUAUGCUGCAAUGGUGGCGAAGGUAAUUCACCAACACCAGGACCUGCUGGUGUCAGACCCCAACAGCACAAUCAACUACACCCUGCUGAGCAACGACAAUGCCUUCCUCAGCUACCACCCGCACCAAUUCACCCAGCGCACAUUGACCGCCCGCUUCCAGGUCAACAACACCCACCCACCUCACGUGCAGCUGAUCAGGAAGCCAGUCCUCACCAUCAUGGGCCUGCUGGCUUUGCUAGGAGAGACUCAGGUUCUGGCUCAGGUUUUGAGCUCGCCAGGAAACAAAAACAGCACUGUUGGAGUUUUGGCCAGCAGCCACAAGCCUGUAAUACCUGGAGGCUCAGACAGCUGGCAGGCAGCAGUGCUGGUGUACAACAGUGAUGACAACAGCUCCUCCGCCAACACUGAUGAUGUCACUGUGUCACUGAGAGGACUGGCUGCACAAACAGGUCUUGCGUAUGUCACAUAUUAUAUGGACAACAAUGUAACCAACCCGUACCAUCUGUGGCAGAGCAUGGGCAGCCCCGACUUCCCCACAGCACAACAGUUCAGAAGUCUCAGGAGCGUUCAGGACCCUCUUGUUGAUGGACCGUGGGAACUUCCUUCAGGGGACACUCUGACUCUGAAAGCCAAACUGUCUGUGCCUUCAGUCCUUCUCAUCCACAUUUGUGCCCAGCCCAAAACCCCACCAAACCAGGUGAAUGGAUUACGCUUCAUCAGGAUCACCAAAGGCCAAGUCCUGAUCGCCUGGUCAGACCACUGUGUCGAUUCAAAAUGCAUUAAGACAUUUGAAGUAGAAUUCUCCACGGAUCAAAAAGAGUUCCACAGAAUAAACACUCAAGACACUAUUUUCACCUCUUGUGUUUAUUCACCUGUGGAUCAGGAGGUUGGAGGUCUGUACAGAGUCCGAGCUGUAGACUACUGGGGGAGACCGGGGCCAUACUCACUGCCAGAGAAGUAUUCAGAGGAGCUCUAGACCAAGGCCAGGACGUGCACUAUAUCAUUUAACAUCAAGUUUCAAACGGUUUUGUACACUGUAAAUACAUUUGAUAACCAUAAAUGUGCUGUUGGUGAUGUUUUAUACAGUCUAUUGUGAAAAUUUAAGUUCUUGUUCAUCUCCUCAAUCAGAAUACUUAAUUUUUUAACAUGCACUUUAUGGUCACUAAUUAGGGCAUCACAUUUUUUUGUAUAAAAUCACAGUUAUUUCAACAAGAUUGAGAUAAAAGUUACUUAAAACAGUUAUCAUCAGCCCAAGCACUUUCAUUUCUGAACUGAUUUAUUCAUUUGUCAAGACAAGAAGUGCUAGUUAUAACUUUAUGAACUUAAGGACUGCAGCUUCUUUUUCUGGAUUUCUUUCUGGGACUCUUUAUCCUGUUAUUAUAGAGACAGGAAAGUGGAUAGAGUCUGAAUGUAGAGAGAGAGAGUGGGGAAUGACACAUUGGGAAAGGAGCCACAGGUCAGAUCUUAAUCAGGCCCCUUUGAGGACAACAGCCUCUGUACAUGUGGCCCCACACGGUGGUCGGCUUCGAGCAAACAGUAAAAUGUAAUUAAAGUCGUAGGAUAAAAAAUAUAAACUUAGGACGAUAUUUAAUAUUUUUGUAACAAAUUCCAAAAACUCUCAACCCACAGCUUUGACUCUUCUUACUCUGUCUGUGGCACUCAGCCCAAAAACCAAAGUCUUCUACCAAUUUGAUGUAAACAUGUCACAACUACAUAUAUUCUUUUUUUUAAAGGGCUGAAUACAUUCAUUAGACAGCUGGGUAAGGUAGCGUUUAGCAAUCUUUUCUAAAAUAUCAGUAGGGACUGUUUUCAGCGAUGUAUGAUUACAUCUUUGAUAUGUGUGAUUUAGGUUUAGAUUAUUGAGGCACAGAUGACCAUGAUGAUAUUAAGAAAACAGUCAUGCUAUGCAUAUAUUUUAGACAAAAAGCAGUGUUAAAAUGAGAUGUUACUGCUCAUGCCACUUAAACUGUAAAACAUUUUUAAAUUUUAUUGCUAUGAAGGAACAAAGUAAAGUACACUCUGCAGGGUUCCAAUAUUCCAGAAAAACAUGUUUCACCAGGGUAGUGACCUUUUGAUUGUUAUGAAAGAACUAACUCAAGGUCACCUGUUGAUAAGGUCAUUCAUUAAAUGAUCACACUGUAACAGAAACCGUUACAAUCAGAACAAUUAUCUGAUGGAUACAUUCACUGCAAAUCUGUAUUCUAAAUGUGUUGAAUUUUUAAAACUCUUUAAUACUGUAUGAAAUGACUAUGAUUUUAUAUGAUUGUUUGAGCAUGAGAUAAGUAAACUUUCAUCACCAGUCUAAGUAUCAUGCACAUUAAAAAAUAAAUAAAUACAAGCACAACAACAAAUUUCUUUAUAAAAUUUUAUUGUCACCAAUACAGAAUAAACUUCCAGUGCAGAUGUU